AUGGCUACUUCUACUAUACCGUUGAUCUCCGCCGCCGCUCUUGCAACGGGCGCCUACCUCAAUGCUAGACUCGGCAUCGGGCUCGAUCUUAAACAACUAAGCUACGAUCGGGAAUGGCAGAUUCGUCUGGGACAGAGACUUCAAAUUUUGGGUGAUACAUGCACCCUUUAUCGUAUAUUCGAUAUCGUGAAGCCAGAUAUCGAAGCUCUAUGGUUUGAAGGGAGGACGUGGACUUAUGGACAGCUCAAAAAUGUGGUUAUUCGGUUUGCUGCGUUCCUAAGUGAGAAGGGCAUUAAGUCCAAGGACUUCGUUGCCGUCUUUACGACCAAUUCCCCGGAAAUGGUCAUCACGGUGCUGGCCCUCUCCAAACUAGGGGCUGUGGCUGGUUUGAUAAACACCAAUCUUCGAGAUGACACUCUGAAGCAUUGUUUGGAUAUCUCAACCGCUCAGACAGUAAUCUCUACCCCUGAUUUGUCGGGAUUUGUUAAUGGAGACUUAAAUCAUUUCUCCAUAAACCUCUCCUCGUUCCAGGAUUUCCCUCCAGCAAGCAAUGCCACGGUGACCCCAGUGGACUUGAACUCUCUCCCUACUCCCUCCGUGGUAGCUCCACCCGCGAAGGCUACUCCCAAGGACCUCUGCUGUCUAGUCUACACCUCUGGUACAACCGGGAAGCCCAAAGCCUGCGCCGUCCGCAACAUACAAAUCGCAAUCGUAUCCAACCCUUUAGCACAGGAUAUGCGGGAUGUCAAGAAGUACUUCCCGCUACGGACCUACUCGCCGCUGCCGCUCUUCCACGGCACGGCCCUCUUCACAGGUCUCUGCUACAACAUCGGCACCUCGUCCACCUUCUGCCUGGCCCGCAAGUUCUCCACGUCGCGCUUCUGGAAAGACGUCGCCGAGUCCCGCGCCACGCGCAUCCUGUACGUCGGCGAGCUCUGCCGCUAUCUCGUCUCGGCCCCGCCCUCGCCCUACGACCGCGCCCACUCUUGCAUCGUGGCGGGCGGCAACGGCCUCCGGGCCGAGAUCUGGGAGAAGUUCCGCGAGCGCUUCAACAUCCCGGAAAUCAGGGAGUUCUACCGCUCGUCAGAGGGCGUCGCAAAAUUCGAUAAUUUUGGGAAAGCCGCGGCCGGGGCGGGCAAGCUUGGGUUCGCCGGUCCCAUUAGAAGGUAUUUUGAAGACACCACGUUUAUCGUGAAGACCGAUCCGGCGACAGAACAGGUUUACCGCGAUCCCAAAACGGGAUUCUGUGUCGAGGCCGGGUAUGGAGAGGCUGGGGAGGCUAUUGGUAGAGUCAAGGAUAGGUCGAUGCUGACGGAAUAUCUAAACAAUCCCUCGGCGACUGAAGGGAAGCUCUUGAGGGACGUGUUCGCAAAAGGCGACUGUUUCCAGCGGAUGGGCGACUUGCUGCUACGGGAAUCAUCGGGCUGGGUCCAAUUCCACGAUCGAAUGGGCGACACGUUCCGGUGGAAAGGGGAAAAUGUGAGUGCAGGAGAAGUGCGAGAUCACAUUGCGAAGCUUGCUGGUGUGCAGGAUGCGGCGGUAUAUGGUGUGAAACUUGCCGGCUACGAUGGACAAGCUGGAGCCGCAGCUAUCACACUCGAUUCGUCGUCAGAGGAAGCAUUCAUGAAGCAUCUCUAUAGCAGUCUAAAGAAGACUGGGCUCCCAGCCUAUGCUAUACCGCGCCUUGUGCGAAUAACACCCGAAAUCGAAGCAAAUGUAACCUUCAAGAAGGCGAAGAUGGAGCUGGUGAAGAAGAGCUGGGACGAGAAGGCAGAGGGUAAUAGAGAUAAGCUGUAUUGGCUCAACGGCAAAACGUAUCAGAGACUCGAUGGAUCGAGCUGGGACGCAAUUAAGCAUGGAAGGGCAAAGCUAUAG